CUGCCGACGCGAGUGGAGCGGAUAGGGCGGAUAAAAAAAAGCGGUUUCAAGGAGGCGCGGAUAAAACCGGGAUUCAGGAUUUAAGGAGAGUGCGAAACCACCUAAUGCUCAUUGAAAUUUACGAUUAUGCUGCGAAAUUAUUAAACAAUAUGACCGCCAGAGGAGUGAGGGAACCAACAGCCGGCGGAGGCGGAGGCGGAGGCGAAGGCCAGGAGACCAUUAAUAACGAAUCUGCAGGGAAGCUUAAUCUGAAUGUGAGGGGCCUGCUGAAACGCACCCUGGCCAGGGUGGCCCGGGCCAAUCCCGCCCAGCACGUGACCAACCUGCCCGUUUCCGCCCUGCUGCUCCAGGCCCUCGAUGCGACGGACGUGGCCCAGGGCCAGGACAUCGAUCCAUCCACCAGUGGGCCAGAGGUGGAUGUGCCCGAACAGCCAUUCCCAUUUCCGUUCCCCAAUGACACUGGCAAUCCGUUGGCGGGGAAUGGGGACGCGGCAACGGACGUGUAUCUGCCCGCCGGCAAUCUCAGCGGUUUCAUCAAGUCCUCAACAACGGCGGUGAUGAGCACGCUACCGCUCCCGAUCCCCACCAGCAGCACCAUGGCCACAUUCCAGGCCCAGACGGUGGCCACCUUCAUCGCCGCCACCGGCACCAAAAAUCGCCCAACGACCAUCGUUGUCUACCCAACGGUUUCACCCGAAUCGAUCGUCAUCCCGAUCGUCUCGUGCAUCUUCGGCUUCCCCAUCCUGGCGCUCCUCGUGAUCUGCUGCCUGCGGAGGAGGGCCAAGCUGGCCCGGGAGCGGGACAGGAGGCGGAACUACGACAUGCAGGACCAUGCCGUCAGCCUGGUCAGAUUUAGUCCAAUACAUAGGCUUAAUUACCGAUCGUCGCGAGCUAUCAGUCUACGUCCUGAACGAAGCCUAAGCCAGGGCUUCACCUCCCUGGAGCUGGACACUGUGCUGGAGGAGCGAUGCAGCGACGUGGAGCAGACGCAGACGGAGUUCUUCAACCCGGAGUCGCCGAUGGAGACCACCUCCUACAAGAUGUCCUUCUCCUCGAGCUAACAGUUAGCCAAGCAGCAACUGGGUCAGGCCGCCGAUCACCACCAGGAGCCGGAAGUGAAGGUGCCGCUGGCCAAGACCGCCACGCAGCUGGUGGUGCCACCGCCGCAGCUGCGAAAGACGGCCAGUGUGCGGGACGAUCCGGCUGGCCUGGCCAAGACGCGCAGUCGCCUCCAAGAGAUCCGGGCUGCCAGCAGUGGAGGCGGUGGCGGCGAAGCAGCUGUCGCCUUUACCAAGCGCGAAUCCAAGCGGGAUCGCCGGCGAGGAGGAGGAGGAGGAGGAGAAGGAGGAGGAGCCGAGGGACCAAGUGGUAGCACCAGGGAUUCCCAGUCCCAGUCGCCGGCCAUGCGCAAAUCGCACUCCCUGGACGCCGCCGAGAGCUACUCGCUGGCCAACAUCCAGGCACCACUCUGGGUGACCCUCACCAAUGCCCGCACCAUCGACGAACUGGCCCAGCAGAAGAUGUGAGCUCCAACUCCAGCUCCAGUUCCAGCUGCAUCUGAAUCUCCUUAACAGAAGCGUUCACUUAGCUAACCUCCGACAGAGUCCACGUCCCGCCCACAUAGAAAACCUGUAAAUGUUUAGAUGGAAGUUCGAAUUAGCCAUAUUACUAACACAAACGAGCUAUUUGCAUCAUUAACUCAAGCUUAACAAAUUCAAUAAAGUUAAAGACCAACAGAAAUAGGAAAAAACGAAACUAACAAUAAACUGUAAAAAUUUAAA